AUGAACGCGUUCGUUUUUUUUGAAAACUUAAUGUGUCAAUUAACACUUCUGGUGUUCUUUCUGUCUGUUUUUUCUCGCUUCUUGGGAAAUCUUCUCCUUGUUUUCCUUCGGGAAAGUGUAACUGCUCUCGUGUCUCCUGUGUGGCUCUUGGUCUUUGCUGGUCGGUCACGACGCAAAAAUCCACCGGUGCCAAUUGGCGAGAUCUUUGUGCUUGGUGAGCAUGGGAUUCAACCCAUCACUGCCAUGAACAAAGCAUCUGUUGCUUCUUUGUCUUCCACUCCCCCUCCUGUCCACGUGGCUCCUCCGGCCUCUUCAAUUCCCGCCGUCGUCAGUGGUCGACAUUCCUUCGUGGCUUCUCCUCCUCCACCCCAAAUCACCCAACAACCACGACGUUGUUACAGCUUGGAUUGUGCUUGCUUGGCAGGACUUCCUUGUUUGAGUGGAGGUUUGGUUCCGGCGAGACGUCCUCUCCCGCGCCAGAAUCAGUUUGCCCCUUCUUUGUCCUUGGUUUGUGCCGUGUGGCAGAAUGAAGUAGCCUUGGGACCUGGUCCUAAUUCGUUUGUUGGUGGUUCAGACCCUCGUUGUGAGGCCGGUGCUUCUUUGUGCCGUCGUGAGGUUUUCGUGGCUUCUGCCUCUUCUUUGGUGUCUCCUCUUGGUGACUGCCCUUCUCUUGCGGUUUCUUCCCCUUCGGGGGAUAACGCAUCUACAACGGUUUCUUUCCCUUCGGGGGAUAACGUUGUAAAAGCGGUUUCUUUCCCUUCGGGGGAUAACGCUUCCUUUGCCGUUUCUUCACCUUGUGGAGAUAACGCGCCCAUCGCGGUUUCUUUCCCUUCGGGGGAUAACGCGAUCCCGGGAGAGCCUUCCUUGAUGGAGGGUAUCGCUUCUUUUUUGGUGACAUCUUCCUUGGAGGAUGACAUCGAUCCGGCGUUUUCUGUCCGUCUUGGGGAUGACGUUUUUCCUUCCGUCGUUGGUGGUUCGUCGGUUGGUCUUCGUUGUUUGGAAGUACCUCCUCCUUCUCCUUGUUCGGUCGUAGGUCAGGAAUGGCCAGAUGCAGUUUCUGUCUCGCCCUCUGUGGUCAGUCCUUUCCCUUCUUCGGCCUCUCCCGAUGUGGCAUCUGCUUGUUUCCCUCCAGUCUCGUCUGGUGGAUCGGCUUUGGAGGAUUUGCACUCUCUCCCGGCUUCCUCGGUGAGCUUAUCAUCGCCCGCUUUUUUCCCUCGCCCUUCUUUCCGUCUUUCUUCUGACGGCGCGAAUUCCGAGGAGUUGCGCUCUCCUUCUCUCUCUCCUCUCCUUAGAAAAGGUAAUCUCGCCUCGCCUGUUUUUCGGCCCCCUCCGACCUUUAGGGAAUUAGUCGAUGCCGCUUCCCUGCCAGUAGGAAUGACUUUGCUUCCAAAGACUCCAGACUGGUCACCUGUCGCUUCAUCGUCUGCUACUGUGGAUUCGCAAGUAGGAGAAAAAAGAAGAUCUCGUUCUCCUUCUCCCCCUUUUUCACCUCGUCGUCGGGUCACCCCUCUUCCUGCUGAGGACACGUUUGCGUUGCCUCCUCCUGCUCUUACUUCUUCUGUCGCUCCGGUUGUGGCGUCUUCGUCUUCUGGGGUUUCUUUGGCUUUUUCUGCUGCGUCGGUGGCCACAGUUGCUGUUACCCCUUCGUCUGUGUUUGCUGCUGCUGCUGCCUCUGCGGCAAUCGCCACGUCUUCCCCUUCUCCCGUGGUUUCCGGUGCUCCUGCUGCCUCUGCAGCCAGUGUUGCUUCCUCCACUUCGGCAGUGCCUUUUUCUUCUUCUGUCCCUUGGGUUGAGCCUGUGUUUCCUUGGUGGGAUUUGGACUUUGAGAAAUUUAGGGACCCAUUUGGCAAGAUAGAACCGAAAGAACGAAGAAAAUCUUUCUUCACUCGUCCUCCUGGUCCUUCCAGGUUGUAA